AUGCGUUUUCGAGGCGGAAAAAGCGGAGAAGGCAAUGAAUUGGCUCAUGCUAAUUACUUCAAGGUAGGUGCUACUCCUGAUUUGUUUUCUUCUUUCGCUUUUACUCUUUUUUUUCUUUUGAGUUAGUACGAGUUCUUCUGUGAUUUUUAAGAUUACAAAUUGAACUUUUGGAAUUUUCUCAAAAUACUUUUGAUUUUUGAUUGAAUUUUUCAAGUUUCUGUGAUUUUUGAGUUCUGAAAAUCUAGGGAAAAAUUAUUUUUCAGAAGGGUUUCAUGACUGUUACUGUAAUUGUUUUUUUUUUCAUUAGAAAUUCAAUUUUUUUGAGACUGAAAUUUUGUAGUGGAAAAUCUACAGUAGUCUUAAACUGAUGUUUCAAUUUUUCAUUGUUAAAUUUUGAGAUUUCGAUUUCUCCGGUUUCAAUAAACAAGGGGACUAGAAAAUUUAUACUGCAAAUUCUGGUUCCUCGAAUUUUCCCCGCCCACAUUUUUUCUAAUAAACCCCAUAUAUUCAUAUUUUUUAAUAAUAUGCGCUUUUCUUUUUUUGUUGAGGAUUUUGUCGAGAGCAGCUUAUUAUUUUUAUUACUAUUAUAGAUUUUUGCUCAUUCAAUUCUAGUUAGUUAGUACAAAAACCCUAACAGGCACAAAAAUAGAAAACAAUUGAGGAAAUCUCUGAAAAACAUCUUUUCUUGACUAUUUUCAAGCAAUCCUAUUAACUCGUUUUGUUUUGCUGUUUGUUUAUUUAUUUUUUGUGCAUUUAUUUUUUGGUUCUUUCUCUAGGAAUCGAAAUAUGUGGGAAAUUUAUAUAAAUUUUUUUGGUUACUAAGGAUUUUUGUUGAGAGUACAGGCAAAUUGUUUUAAUCCUCGACUUUUAAUUUUUGAAAUCUGAAAUUUCCAGAACUGAACAUUUAUCUGAAAUCUUGAAAUUUUUGUCUAAUACUUCUGGAAACCACAUAUUUUUUCAUGGGUGGAGCUGAAAAUUUUAAGUACCUCAAACCUCAAAAAAAAAUCUGCAGAAAAAUCUUUCCGAAAAAAUCCGGUUCACAUGUCGCAAAAUCCUAAUUAAUUAAAAUUUCAUAUAUAUAUUUUUAUAUUACAUUUUGUUCAGAAAUAAUCUAGGCUUAGAGUAAGAGUUAGGCUAAAUACUUGUCAUCAUUUGUGCUCGAAAAAUCUUUUAUGUGUUGUUGAAUAAGGAGAAGCUGAAGAAAAGAGGAAAAAAAGCUUUCCUCUUUUUCUUCUCCUUUUUCUUCUUCUUCUUAUUUUUAUAUAUUCGUUUUCUACUUUUCUCACCCCGUGUUGUGUGCCUUUUUUAGUUGUUAGGAGCAUGAAAAGGGGAGAAAUAGGAGGAGGAGCUGGAGCAGGAGAAAAGAUUUAUGGACUGACGACAUUUUUUUUGACAUUUAGUUAGCAAGUUUCUCGCGCGUCCCGUUUUGAGGUUGACGUGCAACCUUUUCUCACUUCUGGAACUUUGAGCCUAGAAAUGUAGGGGUAGAGUUGAAUUUGUUUUAGAACAUCUCAGAAGCUUCGAGAAAAAGGUCAGAACUUGAAAAAUAUUAGAUGAAAAUUUCAGCUUAGAUUUGAUUUAAAAGAAUUUUUGAAGAACUUAGAAGUUUUACAGGAAACUUUUGGAAUUCGAAAUUUGAAGACACUUUUUUCGAAUUUUAAAAGAAAUUAUGAAAAUUUUUUUUUCAAAUUAUUUAAAGUAAUCAUGGGGUUUCAUGACCCUGAAAAAUCCUAAAAAUCUUUUCAUCAGAAUAGUUGUCAAUUGUGAAUCAUAGGUUUUGGAUAAGCUCUAUCUACCUAAUCCUAUUUUUUGAGUAAGACUUAAGUGAUGUUUAUAAAGUUCAAUCCUAACCACUGAAGCCUAGAGGCUUCAGAAACAAACUUGCACUAUCUCCGGAACUCAUAAAAUCUUUUUUGCUUCUUCUCAAAUUUUAUAGCUCCAAAAAAAGUUCCGAAAUAUUCCCACCCAUCUUCAAAGCGAAAAAAGCCUUUAACAUCUCCAAAUUCAAAUAACUUCCCUUUCCUCCCUCUUUCAAAACUAUAAUACCCUGGAGACUGAAAAAAGUAUCGAAUUACACAUUUUUUUCACUUUUCAAUUUAAUUUUUUUCUCAAAAAUUUUCAACAAAAACCAUUUUUUUCAGCCGAAAAAUCAUGUCUACACUGUGCCGCCAAAAAAUGUGAUGUCGAGGUAGGUCAAUUUUUUUGCGGGGAAAGUUCAAAAUUUUUGGGAGGGUGUAAAUUGUGGAGGGUCGUUGUCACUUCCUUUAGGAGUCAUUGGGGAAUUUUUUUUUGUUGGGAAAAAAAGAACGUCAAGUUUUGGAAAAAGUUGAGAGCUUUUUCUAGGAUUAGAGUUGAGUUCGCCUAAUUUUUUUAUGUACAUAUUUUAUGAUUUUCUCUAACUAGAGCGAAAAAGUAGUCCUAUUGUUUGGAUUAUGGAUUUUGUCUUCCCCUUUUUGCUCCUUUUUACCUUUUUUAUACAUAUGAUACAUUUUUUUUGGCUUUGUUUAGCUCUGGAAUUUUUUUCUGGUUUUCAUAUUUUCUGGUCUAGAUUUUGGAAAAUUUUGGGGAUUUGUUUAGGAUUUCUAGUUUCGAAAUUUUCAGAAAAAAAUUGUUGCGAAAUUGCUCUUUUAUGAAAAUAGGAAUUAUAAUGAUUUUCUCAAGUUCUUCCCCAUUUCUGAAAAAUUCUACAUUUUCUUCAUUUUUUCUUCAUUCAAAAAGUGUUCGCAAAAAGCGACACACAUACAUUUUUGCGCUCAAGUGCAUUUCCUGUCACAAAUUUGAAUAGACAACUAAUUGUUGAAUUUUCGAGGAAAAAUUGCAAGAAAAUGCUAAUUUUGGGCAGGAAAAAUAGUGAAAAGGGACGCGCAAAAAAUGAAGGAAGAUGAUUUUUUUUAAUUUAAAUUAGACGUUUUACUGAAUUUUCACAUUUCUGAGGUUCUAGGACACAAAGAAAGGUUUCGGGAUUCUAGACCACGGAAGAAUUCUGAAACUACAGAUUAUGUUUUUGACUUUCUAGGCCACCCAAAUCCAUUUUUCCGCCAGAAAAUUCGAUUCUAAUUUUCUUCAGCAAAAAUUGGCGACGCGAUGAAAAAAUGGGAAAAAGGUGGAUUUUCGAGAUUUAUUACAAUUUUUAUGCAUUUUUUCGUGCUUUUUCUGCUUUACUCAUUGGUAUUCUGAAUGUGAGAAAAACGAGAAAACACUUGAAAAUCUUCCAAUUUUCACCUGUUUUCAGUCGAAAAUCUCAAAUUUUCUUUCCCGAAAAAUUUUUCCAGAAAAAUACAUAAAUUUUCGCGCGCGCACUGAAUAUGAAAUAAGAUCCUUUUGCUGGCCAUUUUUUCACACUUCGUUUUCUUUUUUUUUUUCUCUCCUACAAAUUUAUUAUUUAUUUUAUAUCUAUCUAUAUUUUUCAUAACUAAAAAGUUAUCGAUUUUUUCAGUGAAAAAAAGAAAAUUAUGGGUGAAAAUAUAGACAUAUCUCGACUAUAAAAUAUUAAAAAUGGAGGUGAUUUCGACGCUUUUUUUGUCAUGGAGAAGGUUGGUUUAUUAGUGAUACAAACUUUGUUUUCAACAAAAAAAAAUUGAGUUCUGAUUUUGAAACUAGGAAUUUCUGGCGCUAAAAAUUUACUCUGAAUUUUCCACGUGUACUUUUGGGUUCUGAAUUUCAACUCAUAAUAAAUUUAGCUUUCAUUUAAAUUAACACUUGAAUUUUUCCACGUUUCACCAAAAAUUGAAAAUUCAAAAAAAGCUCAAAACAAAUUUUAAACAAAAAAUUCUGCUAUAUACACACACGUUUGAAAAAGAAGAAAGUUGUGCAAUUUUCAUCGCGCAUCCGACAAAAACGGUGCAACGCCUAGCGGUGUAAUUACCCCCACUUCAUCAAAAACAAAAAACAUAGCGAAAAUCAGCGUAUCGAGAUCUGUGCGAAUGACUUUGUUUGGAAUUUUUAGGGGUCCUGGGAAGAAAGUUAGCCUCCGCUGCGAGACCAAUCGAAAUUAAAAACACAUGCGCCUUUGAUACCGUACCUCUUUUUUUUUUCAAAAUGAAAAAUAGAGAGCGCGGCAAACGAGAGAGUGCUAGAGAUGUGUGAGAACAAAAUGUGUGCAAACACAUGUCCGCAAACACCGUUGUCACUGCUUACCAUGACUCUUCAUUGCAUGGGAAAAACGUGUGUAUAAAUUGCAACAACUUAAAAUCUAGACUCUCUGGCCCCCAAGUAAAAAAAAUAUGUAGAUUUUGUUCCAUUUUAGUCACAGUACAUAUAUUUUUCUCUAAAAAUCGAAAUUUAUUAGCUAUACGAUGUUUUUUUUGCCUCAACAAAAGCCACUACAUAUAUCUUUAUAUCCUCAUUUUUCUCCUUUUUUCUGCUUUUCCUUUUUCCGGUUACCCGGCCAACGUCCCAUUUUCAGCUAAGCAAAAAAUAUAUAUAAACAUAAAAACGAAGAGGAGAAAAAAGUUUUCUAUAGCGAAAAAUUAUUAUUUUUGCUCAUUUUUUGCUCAUUUCUAUUUCUAUUUUUCACUCAACUCAACUCAACUCAGCAAAAAAUUGAGAAAAAGACAAUUUUUUCCAUCUUUUUUAAUCCAUCACUAACAUUUAUAAGCCUACCCAUAUUUUUUGUGAAUUUUUUGAAAAAAAGAGAAGGAAAAGGUUAUUUUAUUUUAUUUAUUUUCUUUUUUGGAUGAACAUGGAAUCACCGAGGUUGGUUUUUUAUUGAAAAAAAAUGAAUUGUGAAUUUUGAAUUUUGGGAAAAAAUCAGAUUUGAAAAGUUUUUCUGAAAUUUGAGAUGUUCCUAGAAAUUCAAAUAUUCAAUCAGAAUUUGCUGAAUCAAUUUCAUCUUAGGGUGAACUUUCAGAGGGCUAUUCAGAAUUUAAUCUUUGGGAAAACUGGUCCAUAAAAUGAACAUUUUUGAAAGUUAAAAAAAAGUGACAACACCUCCACAAAGGAAAUUCCACGUGCCCAGAUGAAAAUACAAUUUAUAUCUCUCUCUUUCUCUACCUUCUAAAUUUCUUAUUUUUCCAGAAACAAAUCAAUAAUCCGUUCAUCUUCAUCGGGUUCUUACCCGUAUCCUCGAACGCAUACAACUUUGAUGGUAAUUCCAUCAAAUCGUCCACCACCAUCACCUUCUUCAAAUAAACCACCAAAUAAACUAUUCACUGGUGUUCGACGAAGGCCGCCUUUGAAUCGAGCAUGUCCACCAAUUCCGGAAAGUAAAAGUAAUGAAUCGAUUAUGAGUCAUGCGUCGAAAAUUAGUGAAAAGGUAAGCUUUUGAAUUUUGGGCAUUUUUUGAUCUCACUGUGAAAUCCUGGUCUCGAAAGUUUAAAUUGGAAUUAAAAACGUUUUUUUUCAGAAAGUUCAAACACCUCAACCAAUUGAUGACUUGAUUAUUGAAAAUCGAAAUGUGACGGAUGUUUUGGACUCAAAUUCGAACGUGAGUUUGAUUUUUGAGAAAUUUUUGAAGAAAUCUCGAGUCAGACUUUUUUUUGAAAAUUCAACAGCUGAAUUUCUGAUCUUUCCAAAAGUCUUCAGAUUCAAAACUUCAUUAUGAUUUCCACGUCAUAGAUUACUGUUUGCUCAAAAAAUAUAAAAACCUCUCUCAUCCUCCAUUUUCCUCCCUAUACUAAUUCCAAAUUUCACUCUCCCUUUUUUCUCAAAAAAAAUUCCACCAAACACGAAAAAAAUGAUUAAUUGUGCAAAGACAUGCCUUUAUUGAUUCGGGCUCCAAACACACAAAUUAUUCUAGCAAAAUUUGGCUCUUUUCUGUGUCAGAGUUAAUUUUUUUAAGAUUUUGCUUAGUUAGGCGUUUCGCCAAGGAUCAGGAUUAGGUUUAAAACCAUGCUCGUCUUUUUGUUAAAACUGAUUUUUGGAAUAAUUUUUAUUCGAGUCUUUUAAUUUUAGGAUUAAUUCUCAUCAAAUCCGCCAUGUUUUUCGAAACUUAUUGGAAUUCGAAGAACUCCAUCAAAUUUUGCAUUUUCUUUCGGAAAAGCCUGAAAUUAUUUUGUUUAUUAAUAGUUUAUCAAUUAAUUAAUUAAAAUUACCUCCAAGUGAGAUUUUGCUUCACUUUCCACAUGGAAAAUUGCAAUAUAAUGAUAAUAUUGUAAAAGUUGUACUGAUGUGUCGUUUAUUGUUAUUUUUAUGUAGAUUUUUUGAGAGGGCUGAAAAUUUUAACGAAAUUAUUAGUUUUUGCAUUUGGACUUUAGAAUUCGGUUUUACAGUUAAGUUUCUCUCUUUUUACUCCUAAAACCAACCUCCAAGAAAGCAUAAGUCGGCUGAAUUCGAAACAUUUUAUUAUUUGUCGAUUUGAUUUUGACACACUGUCUUUUGCCUAACUCAUUUAUAAUUCUCAAUCCAGAAUACGCUGGAUUCGGCCAAAAACAUCGAAAACUUAUCUCUUUUGGCUCAAUAUUCAGCUGACAAUCUGGCUCAUUUGGCUCAUUUUGAAUUUUGUAGAUUUUUCGAUUUUUUGGCGAAUUUUUCAGGCUUUGGGACAUUUUCAGGAAAUAAUGAAUUAAAAAUGAAUUUAAAAAAUAGAAAUGUGGUUUUUUGAGAUGAAAGAGAUCACGUUUUUUUCAGAUUGAAAAAAAUUAAAUUGUUUUAAAUUUUGUAAAUGAUUUCAAUUUUCAAAAUUGAAGUUUUUCAGUCUCGAUUUCCCUCUCUGAAAUUACUAUGGAUUUUGUAAAAAUUCAAAUUUAAAAGUAUCAAAAAUCUGUGUCCAAAAAAUGUUCAUCAAUCACUUUUCUUUUCCGUGUUUCUCUUUUUUUCAAGCAAAAUCCUGAACAAAAAUAAAAAUAAAACAAAAAGUGUCGCGCGCGCGAGAGCUCAAAAAACCUCUCCAGGGACCAUUCAAUUUUAUGUUUAGCUUCAGGAUUUUUGUUGGAAAGCAGGCGACACUUUUUAUUUUUCUUUCGUGCUUUUCUUUUGUGUAAAUUUUGAAAAGAAAAGAAAAACUUGAGGUUUUUAGUAAAGAAAACGAGUAAUCUAAUUGUUUUUUUUUUGUGAAAAAGUUCGUUUUUAGGUUUUGUAGGGAUAAAUUUGAUUUUUUUGAGUAUAAAUGAACCAUUUCUAAAAAAAUAUAUGAAAUUAUUCCAAACUUGUUUUCCAAUACACAGAAUCUGUCAAUUCCAGAAUUUGCUAUUUUUCCAUACUUGUUUACUUACACACCUAUAAUACCAUUGCUCAUAUUACAUUUCUGUGUUCCAAAUUCAAUUCCUCCUCCUUCCCCUAAAAAAGUUCUUUCUCUCAAUUUUCCUCAAUUUCCCCCCAAAAAGUGCUCCGUUUUUUCAGCAAAUUCGUCAAAUUCCGUGCACUUUAGUCGAAAAAAUGUCCUCAAAUGCAUCGUCUCAAAAAACACCAAGAAGUCCGCUAAUGAAUGUGGCACACAGUGUGAAAAGCAAAUUCAGUCGAAUUACGAAUAUUGGCCGAAGUUCGACUUCGUCUUCUUCUUCGAAAAGUUCGAUUAAAACAAGUCAGAGUUUUUCUGGGUGAGUCUGGGCAUUUUAUUAGAAAAUCUACAUGGUGAGAUUUUCCAACAUGGGUUUUAAGCGCAAAUUUCUAAUUUUUUCAUGUGGAUUUUUGGUUUAAAUAUUUUAAUUUCAAAGUGAAAUCCAUGUUUUAAAAAAUUCGGAAUUUUUUUCAAUGAAAAAAAUUAACGAAAACAGAUGAUUUAAAUUCAAAAAGCCACGUGGCAUUAUAUAAAAUUUUUUAUCGGAAAUCCGCGUCGCAAAACUCUCCUUUACUUAGCCACAUUGAUUUUUGGUCUCAAACAAAUUCCAUUUUUUUGUGGGUGCACUUUUUUCCAGAAAAAAGUUCCCCAUUUCCUCAUUUUCGUUUUUGAGAAAACAAAAAAAUAAGCAAAACAAUUUUUUCGUUGUCCUUUCCUAGCUCAUUUUUCUCUCAAAAAGAAUAAUAAUAAUCCAUCAUGAUGUAUUCAUUCGUGUCAUUUUAAUACCCGUCGGUAUUCUUCUUCUUCUUCGUCUUUUUUUCUUCAAAUAUUUUUCCGCUCAUUUUUCCAGAAUCCGACAGCCGAAAACUGUUGCUAAACGAAUCGAUCAAAACGCGAAUCGGGUUAUCAAAUCGUCGUCGAUGGAUGUUUCACAGCCUUCCACUUCAAAGGUAUGUUUUUGCCACGUUAUAGCUCAUAUUUCUUUGAAAUAUAGUAGUUUUUAGUGAGACUCUGAAUUUUUGGAUCAGAAAUUUGUUGUUCCUUGAACCUUUUCUGAAUCGACAUUUUCAUAGCUUUCAGUAUUUUUGAAAUCCAAGGGUUUUUUGUUCAACUCAAAUUCAUAUCUAAAAAUUGCCAUGUUUUUGCAGGUCUCGAUUCCACAAGAUCCUACUCCACUUCACAACGACAAAAUCGAAGAAAUCUCCGAAUCUGGCCUAGUUCCAAAAUCCGAAAUCGCCGAAAUAAUUCGAGCGCCAAAAGAAGAGUUCUGUGUGAAAUUGGAAGAAGAUGUACUUGUCGUAACUCGUCAAUUCGAUGAACAAUAUCCAGGACAAAAACGAAGUGCAAGUCCGGAUAUUCAUUUUGAUAAUAAUGGAAAUCCUUCGAAGAACAAAACUGAUGAAGUAGUUGAGAAAAUUGUGGUGAUUCAGGAAGAAAUUGCGAGACCUGAUGUUGUUGUUCAACAUCUUUUCGAAAAACGAGAAGCUUCUCCGGAAAAGUUUACCAUGGUUCAGGAAAUCCCAAAAAUUGAGAAAGAAAACGAAACGAAAUUCAUCCUAACUGUGAAAACACCUGAAGCACUUCGACGACAUCAUACAUUCACAAUUGCUGAUCGUGAAAAGCCAAAUCCGGAAACUCGAAUCUCACAUUCAAAAUCAGAUUGUGAAGUGAAGCCCAAAAAAGGAUCCCUGGUCAAACAAAAAUCUGAACCGGAGCGAUUUAUUUCACCCGAAAGAUAUGUGAUGGUUGUAAAAACACCGGAGGCUUUGAGAAAACAUCGAACAUUGACAAUUGGAAUGAGAGAAAGUGUCGAAGAAGAGCCAACAACUGAAAACUUGGAGAAGGUUGUCAGACUAAAACGGGAUACAUCAAGGGAAAGAUCAGUGGAGGAACCAGUUCCGGAAACCAAGUAUGUUAUGGUUAUGAAAACCCCAGAAGCCUUGAGAAAACAUCGAACUCUAAUUGUUGGACCGAAAGAAGAACGAGAAGAGCAAUCCGAAACUCAGAACUUGGAAAAGGUUGUCAAAUUGAAACGGGAUACUUCGAAAGAAAGAUCGAUUGAAGAAAUUGUUCCGGAAACUAAAUAUGUUAUGCUUAUGAAAACACCGGAAGCUUUGAGAAAACAUCGAACUUUGAUUGUUGGAGCAAAGGAAGAGGUUGAAGAGGAGCCAGCAACAGAGAAUCUUGAGAAAGUUGUCAAACUAAAGCGAGAUAAAUCGAAGGAACGAGAAAUCCCUGAAGAAGUCCCUGAAACCAAAUAUGUGAUGUUAAUGAAAACCCCGGAAGCUUUAAGAAAACAUCGGACUCUGAUUGUUGGUCAGAGAACUCAGUCAUUUGAUGAAGAAGUUGUUAGAAAUCAUCAAACCACAAAUAGCGAAACAAAGAAUCUCGAAAAAGUUGCAAAACUUCGGAGAGAUACAUCAAUCGAACGAGUCAAAAAACCAGAAAUCAACUUUGAAUCUGAGAAUCAACCAAAAAAGUUUGUGAUGAUUAUGAAAACACCCGAAGCGCUUCGUAGACAUCACACUUUCACGGUUGGAGAUCGGCCCAGAAGUCCGGAUUAUCCAUAUAUCGAGGAGGGAGAGUUAACAGAGCCAAUUGCAACUGUUGGACCACCGGCGGAAAGGCGAAGGAGGCAAGAAAAUAAGGAUAGGAAACAAAGAGAAUGGGAAGAAUAUGAUAAACCACCGACGGAUAAAUAUAUAUUGACAACUACCACUCCUAAUACAAUGAGAAAAUAUCAAACAUUCAUUGUUGAACCAAAGAAACAAGGAACUCUUCCAACUUCAAUGAGUGCUGAACCUGUGAUUCAACGAAAUACUGUGAAACGAAGUGAAAGUUGUGAUUCGAAAAAGAGCAGUUAUUUGAAAAGGCUGCAAUUCGAAUUAUUCCGGGGUCGAAGUCGCGAAAGAAAAUCACAUGAAUCAUCGGAAAAAAGGCAGAAAAGUUUGGAUGAGCGGAAACCUGAAUCUGCACAAAAAUAUAUUUUAUCAACAACAACACCUGUUAUGAUGAGAAAAUAUCAAACAUUUUCGAUUGUUAAUAAGAAAUCUGAAGAGAGAGAUAAUUAUGAUUAUGCAGAUGAUGAGAAAACUAAUUGUGAAUCGAUAGCUGCUUCUUAUCAAUCAAAUCCACCUGCGAAUUUCUACUCAAUAACUGCCACAACUCCAGUCACUUCGAGAAAAGUUUUCAAUGAGCCUGAACCUGAGCCGAGACAUUUGUUUGUUUUGGGAGCUGGAGCCAAUGGUCGAAGAUCGCCCAGGGAGACUAGUCAUUCUGAUAAUGCGGAGAGAAAAUCUACACUUUCUGGAGAUCUGACCUCACCGGAAGAAGAGAUUCCAAUGGAUACGAAUCUAACACCAACUAUGGAGGAGGAACCUAUUCUAUCUAGAAGGAUUGAUGGAUUAGGAUUGAUUAAUUCACCAAUUGAGGAGGAACCAGAAUCAUUGGCUUUAUCAAGAUCUGAGGCAUCUAGAGGAAGACCUGAACCAAAGUUCACAGCUCCAAGUCCACCACCAAUGGUUCAACUCAUCCCAAAAUCCACCUCAACUUCAUCAUCGGCAUCCUCGGGAUCUUCUAGUUCUCGAAAACCCACCCAACUUCCAAUCAUGAGUUCGCUCACCUCGUCUUCAUCUGCGGUACCUGCUGCUCCAGUUCAAAACCCCAUGCACAUCGUGGAACUUCGUCCAGAAACUCAGACAAAACAUCAAUCGAAAAAAGGAAAAAUUGCAUCAAAGUGAGUUUUACUUAGAGUCCCCCAGAAGAUUUAUUUAUAAAUCUAUUGAUGUAGUGUUUUUUGUGAAACAUGUUGCAUAUUCAGCAUUCUUAGGUCGCUUCGAAAUGCUGGAAAAAUGUUGACACCGUCGUUUUUGCGAAAAGAUCGGAAGGUAAGACAAAAACGUACUCUCAAUUUUUCCUGGGGUAAAAUACAAUAUUUUUUUGUAGGAUAAAAAAGUGCAUCAUGCUUAUGUCAAAACAACAACCACUGGUCGACAACAUGUUUCGGAAAAAGUUGCACCAUUGGCUGAAGGCGAAUCAUCAGUUGUGGCGAAUUCGCCAUUGGUCGAGAAUUUGCCGAUCACUUUUGAGAGAUGGAGUGAAAAAAGUCCGAGACAAGGUGUGAAACGGUUUUCGGAGACGAUUGUUGAAGAAGGUUUGGAUGGAAAUGCAAAUUCGUUGGAACAUCGUGAGUUGGGAGGGCCUGGAGUUAUGACGUGGCAAAUUUUGGGAGGGACUCGAAUGACCUUUUUCCCUACUUGAAUGUUUACCAUUUCAAUUCCACGUGUCAAAAUUUAGCAUUUUGCCAUGAUAUAUCUCAUUUAUAUAUCUAAUUUUCCUUACUCAUCAUAUUUUAAUUAAUUUUUUCUCAGAAAUUCAUCAUCAAAAUUCGACAGCUCCUGCAAAUGACACCGGAUUGAUCGACGAUGAUAUUAUGUAAGUUUCCUUUUUUUCAAAACUUCUGAAGAAAAACCUCAUUAUUUUCCAUUUUCCUACGAUGUUUUCCGUUUUUAAAUUAGGAGAGCUAAAGGACCAGCUGUUGGGGCUCUUGAGAAAUAAAAAAGAAUAGGCUUAGGGUGGAGCGAAAAAGGGGAAAAAAGAAAGAGAAAAGUUUAUUGGAUUCUUCUCUUGUCCACCAUAGAUGAGCAUCUUUCCCAGUUUAUCGAAUUUCCGCAAUACUUCUUCUGUUUUUACUUUUUUUUCACUACUCGAUUUUGAAAAUGUUACUAUUCCCUGCACAUAUACGGGUUGAAUAUACGGGUUGAACAAUUUAUUUAAAAAAAACCUGAAAUUUUGUGGAUUUAAGUUUUUGAAGUUCAACUUUUCCAUCAGUUUUUGGCCCAUGAACUCGGAUCAUUUCAAGUAAAAAUGAAAGCGUUAACUUCUCGUGUAACCUCUGAAACUUUACUUCAUCUUUUUUCUGACCUAAAAAUUCUCAAAAUUUCUAGGGACCAGCCUAUGUUAGUCGGUGACACAUUUUCACACUCUUCAUCAAUCGAUUGUAUCUCAACAACUUUUGCUGCUUCUCAACUUCCGCCAACUUCUCAAGUCAACAAUUUCAUAUCCGAAAGUAUCAUCUCAAUUGAUCGAAGUUCGAUGGCCGCAAUGAAUGAAAUAACGUAAGUCUAGAGAUAUCAAGGGUAAAUAGAGACGCAGACAACGCAAUUUUGUGUUUUCGUUUUCUUUUUUCCUGUCAAUUCAUACAAACACUGUGUAUAUUUUGUAAUAAUAAAUAAAACAUAUACAAAAUGAUUGAUUGCCUCAUAUCUCCUAUAUUUACUUCGUUUUUGAGGUGAGGUCAUUUUUUGGUGGAUCUUGGCGCAAAAAUUCGCUUUCAGCCAUAUCACAUCCAAACCCUGAAAUUACAGGGUGAAAUUUUUAACAUGUUCAGUGCAAAAUAAUUCUGUGACAAAUUUCUGAACGAACUAUAUUUUCAGCAAAAUUGAUAAUGUUUUUUCAGAAGAAACACCCCGAACCGCGCUGAAAACCCCAGAAGUCCAAAUAUUAAUCUGACUCGUCAAAUUGAUGCUGGUCUUUGUGAAGUUGAAGAUAUCAAGACACAACUUCAGCGAUUGAAUAAACUUGUAAAUGUGAGCUGUCUUCAUAUUUUUAAAAAAUAAAACCCAAAUGAAUUUCUAUAGGAAAUGGGCGUUUCAAACUGGGAAGAUGAAAUAACUCGACUUCGAAUCGAAAAUGAACAAUUGCGUCGGGAAUUGGCACAACGAGAUGCAACAAUUGCGUCGCUUCAAUCGCAAACCGUAUCUGCUUAA